GAGCUUGGGGUCGAGGUCGAGGGUCCUUGAUUUUUUUUGGUUUGUGAGAUUGAUUCUUCGUUACUGAUUUAUUUAUUUACUCAUUCAUUCAAUUCUCGCUCGCAAUCAAAGUCGAUCGAUCAUUUGAGUAGAGAAAAUCAAUUUUCCCCUCUCAUAUUCGAAAGACAGACAGACAUACAAGGAGAUAAGUUCACACUGGUCUUAUCAUCUCGUCUCUGCAUCACAAUGACGUCGUCGACACAACGUCCCGAGAUAAUUGUGUUUCAUUAUCGAUUUUCGCCAUUUGCUAAGAGAAUAACAUGGUACCUCACCCUCCGCGGAAUCCCGUACUCCGAAUGUCUCCAACCCCCCACCAUGCCACGCCCCGACAUCCACGCACUCGGAACGCAAUAUCGACGUAUCCCCAUCGUGCUCAUCGGUCGAGACAUCUACCACGACACGCGAUUGAUACUCCAAAAACUCGAGGACUUGUAUCCUGAGCGUCCGAAGAUUUCAGGGGGUGCGGCGCAGAGCGGGAUCGAGAAGUUGUUGGAGAUGUGGACGGUUGAUGGAUUGUUCGCGCGCGCGGCGCAGUUGUUGCCGUUGGAUUUACCGUUGUUGAGAGAUCCGAAGUUUACGAGCGAUAGGGAGGAUUACACGGGGAGGAGUUGGGAGAGGGAGAGUUUGGAGAAGGGGAGACCCGAGGCGUUGGUUGCGCUUAAGGGGGCGUUUGAGAUGGUGGAGAGGGGGUUUUUGGGGGAUGGGAGAGAGUGGAUCUUGGGGGGUGAGGGGCCGUCGUUGGCGGAUAUUGAAGCCAUCUGGCCUUUCCAUUGGUUGACCACCUUACCCGGCGCAUUACCCCCGAACUACAUAUCCGCGCAACAAUUCCCGCACACCUACGCGUGGAUAUCGCGAUUUGAUCAAGCGACACGACUCGCGGGGAAGAAAAUUCCCAAGCCCGUACUUCUCUCCGGCGCAGAAGUCCUGGAGAAAGUGUCGGCGGCUGAUUUCGUAGAGGGGGAUGAGUGUGUGGAUGUGCAGGAUCCGACGGGGUUGCAGAGGGGUCAGGAAGUGGAGGUUUGGCCGAUUGAUACGGGGAUGCGGAGGAGGGAUAGGGGGGUUUUGAGGGGUCUCUCGACGCGGGAAAUUGUGAUUGAGUCGAAGACGAAGGGUGGGGUGAGGGUGAAGAUUCAUACUCCGAGACAUGGGUUUAGGAUUCGGGGGGUGGGAGGGAAGAGUUCGAGACUUUGAGGGGGGUUUCUCUCUCGGUAAUUGGGGUGUGAGGUCGGGAGAUGGAGAAUAGAUGCGCUCGCUUGUUGAUCUAGGAGAGGAGGGGGGAGAUGAGAGGAGGGGAAAUGUAAAAUUACUUAGUUUGUAAAUAGAUACCAUGGUAAAUUUUAUCGUAUGAUGUGAUUACUGCAGCGAAAUCGCAAAAGAUGAGUUAGACGAGAAUGCAAAAUCAAAAAAAAAAGAAUCA